GCUGGGACGUGGGUAGAGCUGCUCCCAGCAGCGCCAGAGCGGAGCCUGCAAGGAUGGGAGCCAGGCUGCUCUGCCUGUGCCUCCUCACAGCCCUCCUCGGCUACUACAUCUACAGCCCGCUCCCCGAGGACCUGGCCCAGCCCUGGACAGUGAUGCUCACCUCGGCUUCCCUGAGGGCCCUGGGACACCUGGCGGAGGCGGCUGAGCUGCUGGGGCUGAUGAACUACAUGGAGGGCUUGAGGCUGUUCACGGCUCUCGAGCUCGUCGCUCCCACAUCCGACGAGAACGUCACCGUGGCAGACACGGAGCUCGGCAGCGUCCCCGUCCGCCUGUUCGUGCCCCGGAGGGCGCCCGGCGGGCUCAGGAGGGCCGUGGUCUACUUCCACGGCGGCGGCUGGUGCGUGGGAGACGCGGGCAUGCGCGGCUAUGAUCUCAUGUCACGGCGGAUUUCGAACGAGAUAAAUGCUGUCGUGGUGUCAGUCAACUACAGGCUGGCCCCUCCACACCGCUUCCCUGCCCAGUUUGAAGACGCGUACUCGGUGACCAAGUUCUUCCUGCAGAGCCAGGUCCUGUCCCAGUACGGGGUGGACCCUGCGCGGGUCUGCGUGGCCGGGGACAGCGCCGGGGGCAACCUGGCAGCGGCCGUGGCACAGCAGCUGGUGGAGGACCCUGAAGUGAAAACCAAGCUCAGAGCUCAACUUCUGAUCUACCCAGCCCUGCAGGUGCUGGACCUGGACCUGCCGUCCUACCGAGACAACGCCGAGAAGCCGAUGCUGCCGCGGUCGCUGAUGGUCCGGUUCUGGAGCGAGUAUUUCGCGUCGGACCCCGCGCUCAGGGAGGCCAUGGCCUCCAACAGGCACGUCCCGGCCGAGGCCGCCCAGCUGCUGCCGCUGGUGAACUGGAGCCGCUGGCUGCCCGCCGAGAUGCGCGGGGCCCACGCGUACGCCAGCCCGGCGGUGGGCGACACGGAGCUGGCCCGGCGGUACCCGGGGCUGCUGGACCCGCGCGCGUCGCCGCUGCUGGCGGGCGAGGCGCGGCUGCGCCGCCUGCCUCGCACCUUGGUCCUCACGUGCGAGCACGACGUGCUCCGCGACGACGGCGCCAUGUACGCGGGCCGGCUGCGCCAGGCCGGCGUGCCCGUCACGCACCUGCACGCCAAGGACGCCUUCCACGGCGCCGUCACCUUCCUGGCGGGGCCGCUGGAGCUGGCCGUGGCCCACCGGCUGCUCGACGCCUGCGUGGGCUGGCUGAGGGAGAACCUGUGAGCGGGAAGGGCUCUCCUCACCUGCGCCAGGUGUGGCCGCAGCCGUGCCGCCUUUCGGCCUCAUUGCCGUCCCCCUUGCAAUUCCCCCGUGCGGUGCUGGGGCUGGAGCGGGAAAUCAGUGUGAUCCUAACCCCCGUGUUCCCCCAGUGCUGUCAUCUGAACCUCAGACCCCCAGACUGCCAGGACUGCCCUGGGGUUCCUCGUCUGGCCCUGCAGCCUCCACGAUUUGGUGUCUUGUGCCUGCUGCUCUUCUUCCCUCUAUCACGCUUUCAGUCUGCGGCGGGUGCCGAAGGGCCAGGUCGCUGUGGGCACACGGGACGUGCCCGGUGGCUGCUUUCUUCCCAUCUCCCUUGGCUCCGUGGGAUGUGGCAGCGGGGCCCUGCUGCUGCCAGGCCUGAUGGGGUGAAGGGAAGCACCGGGGGGCUCGGGGCAGCUGCAGGGACCUGCCCAUAGCAGGCUGGGCUGGAGCUGCUGUUCCUGCCCAGCACAGCUUGAGGAAAGCACUUGGAAACCCAGUGGGAUGGCUAAAAAAUUGUGAAACUGCUUUGGGCUUUGCUUGUUUGUUUGUCUUGGGAGUUUUGUUAAUUUGAGGGUUUUUGUUGUGUUGGAUUUUUUUUUUUUUUAAAUACGUACCUUACUCCUACUUCCUUUCUUUAAUCCUUGCACUAGCAGGAAAUAGUGAAUCAAACCAGCACUGAAUAUUCACUGGGAAAAGGAAGCUGUGAAGAUCCCAGGCUUACAAUAACACUACUGUUAAGUCAUGUACAAGGUGUUCUAAUUGUCCUUGAAAUUUUUUUAUCAGAUUUCACAUAUGAUUUCUUAAAAGUAGAAUUAGCUUAGUAGCUUUAUGGGGCUGGAAAAGAAACAUAGUUCAGCUGGCUGUGUGGAACAAAUAACCUCUGUGUAAAUGUUGGGUGUGUUAAAUAUAAACCCUAAAAGUUUUGACUGAAGCAUGAAUACAGGGGUUGGCUGUUGGUUUAAGUAAAUCAGCCAGUGGGCAGGUACUUAAUGUAUCCUGCUUUUCUUUUGCAUAAAAGGUACUGAAUCUUCAAUAAUUCUGGGUUAUUCUUCCUGGGUGUGGGCGGCCUGUUCAGAUGGAAUGUGUACGGGAUGAUUGCCGUUUUCCAUCUUUAUGAAGUUGAAUCUAAAGAUUAAACUUGUUUUUGAUUCCA